UAGUAGCGAUCAGCUGUUCUCUGCGGAUGUCAGUGCCGCUUCAGCGGGGACUCGCGCUCAGCCUCGCCGCCUCUCAGCGCUCCGGCCCCGGCCUGACGGCGGCCUCCUCCCGGCGGACAGGCCCCGUGUCUCGGCCCCACCUCCGGCUAACGAGCGGCGUGUUCGGACGCUUCAGUGAUGCGAAGGCGGAGCUCCCUGACCGCCGAGAAGGACAGCGACCCGGAGCUGAAGCAGCGACCCGGCAGGGCGGCGUCUGGCGGCCGGCAGGGCCCGGCGGAGGAGCCGAGCAUGGGGAAGAAACCGUUCAGAAGACUGGGCCUGCUGGGGAAGAUGAAGCGGAUCAUGAUGGUGCUGCUCGUGGUCUACAUCACCAUCCCCAUCAUCAUCAAACUCUUCCCCUCCAUCCAGGCCAAACUCGUCUUCCUCAACUUUGUGAGGAUGCCGUACUUCAUCGACCUGAAGCGGCCGCUGGAUCAGGGCCUGAACCACACACACAACUUCUACCUGGAGCCGGAGGCGGGCCUGAAGAUCGGCGUCUGGCACACGGUGCCGGCCCGCAUGUGGAGGGAAGCUCAGGGGAAAGAUGGCCGCUGGUACGAAUCCACGCUUAACUCCGCCCACCCCAUCGUCCUCUAUCUCCAUGGAAACGCAGGGACCAGAGGCGGCGACCACCGGGUGCAGCUUUACAAGGUCCUCAGUCUGUUGGGAAACCACGUGGUGACGUUUGAUUACAGAGGCUGGGGGGAUUCAGACGGAUCGCCAUCAGAGCGAGGGAUGACAUCAGACGCGCUCUUCAUCUAUGAUUGGCUGAGGCAGAGAAGGGCGGAGUCUGUGCCGCUUUACAUCUGGGGCCACUCUCUGGGGACCGGAGUGGCCACCAACCUGGUGCGGCGGCUUUGUGAGCGAGGAACGCCUCCUCACGCCCUCAUCCUGGAGUCGCCCUUCACCAACAUCCGGGAGGAGGCCAGGAGUCACCCCUUCUCCAUGGUGUACCGCCUCCUGCCCGGCUUCGACUGGUUCUUCCUGGACUCCAUCUCUGCCAACAACAUCCGCUUCGCCAGCGAUGAGAACGUUCACCACAUCUCCUGUCCGGUUCUGAUCCUGCACGCCGAGGACGACAGCGUGGUUCCGUUCCAGCUCGGGAAAAAGCUCUACAAUAUGGCGUCGCAGUCGAAGAGCCUCAGCGGUCACAAGGUUCAGUUCGUGGCGUUCCCUGCGUCUCUCGGCUACAAACACAAGUUCAUCUACAGGAGCCCGGAGCUGCCAAACAUCCUCAGCGACUUCCUCGGAGCAGCUCACCCCGUGGCGGCGUGAGGACGGCCAGGUGGACACGCCGUUUACUCCUGACACAAACGAGGCGUUUUCACGGACUGAACAGAACAUUCCUUUGUUAGCAUUCCCCCCCGCCUGACGUCACGGCUCACCUGAGUCCCAUGAAGAGGCGCCAUGCCAAGGACAUAUUUUAACUGGGUUUUUUGGUUGCUGAUCAGCUGGUUCAUCUUCAUCACCUGCAUGGUUUCUUCUUCUUCUUCUUCUCUGCUCACAUGACUCACCUGUCUGCAGGUGUGCUGUUUGGAAGCACUGUCUAUGAAGCCUGUUAUGACUUGAAUUCAAUAAAAAUGUUUUAUCUAA